AUGAAUACAGGAAUAAUAAAUCAGCAAGGUCUUGUUUUUCUCAAUGCGACGGGCGCCCCAGUAUUGUCCCGUGCCGACUCGCGGCAGAUGAGGGCACACAUUACCAAAUCCAAUUUUGCCAAGCGGCGCCAGCGCAUAUCCCAGGUUGAGACCAAAGGGGGCGAGAGCAACAAACAGACCACUCAGCAAGCAUUACAUCGAAGAAAGAGGUCUCAGCAGAAGAGCCAACGAGCCGCCCUAGACACAAACCCCACAGAACUGCCAACCACGGAAUCUCCCCCAUGUGCCCCUUCUUUGCAACUACUCCGCAAUUUCCGCUACCUUGUCUUUCUAGACAUACGACCAACCGUUCAAGACCCCGUGGAAAAGGCUUGGUUCGACCUUAUCACCUCGGAGCCGGUGGUGUUCGAAGCGUCGUUGGCCGGGGGCAUGCGGUGCUGGGGCCCUGACAAGGAGUCGCAGCAAAAUGCAGACCUUCAUCUAUCAAGAGCGACGAAUCUCCUGGUUGACCGCAUCAGUUGUGAGCAGGUCCCAUCAGAUGCGAUGAUAGGAGCUGUGAUGACCAUGGCUUUCGGGGAGCGCCUGGCAGAUAAUGACGUCGCGUGGAAUGUCCACAUGGAGGGACUGAUCAAUAUGAUGCAGCAGAGGCGACACCAUGGCGUUAGCUCUUUGCCACCUGUUUUCCGCAGCCUCAUUGCCUUGGACUUCAUGAAUCACCUCUUGGGCUUCCCACGCUUUUAUCAUCUGAAGGUCGUCGAUAUGUUGAGCAGUCAUGGUGACCAGGUGUUAUCCAAGCUAGCCCCCAUACCAGCCGAUUUAUCUUUGCUCAAGACCGCCGUAGAUGCUCCAGAAACAGGCCAUAUGGGACAAACUUCCCAUGGCGUUGAAGAACCACUAGAAAGAGUACGGCUUGCAACUCGAGCUCUUCGAGAAUUCAACGAUCCCUACGUAAAAGCCACCUCCCGUUCACUCGAAAUAUACCUCAAUCUACUUUGGCCUCUAUUAUUCACAAUAGAUCUCGAGUCGGUAGGAAGCGAACUGAAAGAUGCGAUGAGCGAGUUCCGUAUCAAAGCUUGUCCCUACAUGGACUUGACAUCACCGCAUUACAUUCUGGGGCUCCUGGCUACCGAGAAGGACUCUGAAGCAAGUGCUUGGUUCCUAGAUAGGAUCCAAGGUUCAGUGCAGGUGAUGAGGCAACGCGGGUGGUCUGAUCCCCUCAGCGUGAUGAAAAGGGGCUUGGUGCAUGAGCCGCAUAUACAUCAUCAAUUCACUGCGCUUUUGGAUGACGGAAUCAAUGGAUUGAUGUAA